AUGUAUCGUAAAUUGUUCGUGGUACUUGUUCUGAGCACCAUCUAUACACACAUCGAUACCUCGAUUAUACGCUGCGAUGCCCCGGAAUGGUUCUCAUGCGACAAUAAAAAAUGCAUUUCAUCCGUGUUCAGAUGCGAUGGAGAGAACGACUGCGGCGAUGAUUCCGACGAAAUACAUUGUCAAGGCAUCCAAAUUGCUCCAGAAACGAUUCGGUGCGCCACAGACGAGUUCCAAUGUUUCGAUCGUUCUUGCAUACCAAUUGAAAAGUUCUGCGACGCCAGACCCGAUUGCCCCGAUGAAUCUGACGAGUACGAUAAUUGCGUUAAAGAUUUAAAAUGCGAUACUUUCCGAUGCAACGACGGUCAUUGCAUAAGAAACGAAUGGGUUUGCGACGGUGUCGCAGAUUGUCCUGAUAAAAGCGACGAAGGAAAAUGCGACAAUCAAACGAUACCGAUCGACCAGUGUACAAAUAAUUACGAUCGAUACUUGUGCAAAAAUCAACGAUGCAUCAGUUUGGACCUAACUUGCAAUGGAAAAGACGACUGCGGUGAUCAUUCGGACGAGAAUGUUGAUCAGUGUAAAAAGGCUGUUGAAACGUGCAAACAGACAGCAAAAUGCGAGCAUCACUGUAGGAAAACACCGGAAGGCGCUCAGUGUUCUUGUCGAUCUGGUUACAAGUUGAUGGACAAUCGUACUUGCGCGGAUGUGAAUGAGUGCGAGGAAUACGGAAGAUGCGAUCAACGAUGCGUGAAUACCCUAGGAUCUUACAUAUGCUUGUGUCAAUCUGGUUACUUAUUGAACGACGAUAAGAAAACUUGCAAAGCAGAGGGUGGCGAAGCUUUGAUGGUGUUUUCAAUUAAAUCAGAGAUCCACGGCUACUAUCUCGAUUCUCAAGUGUAUUAUCCGGUAACACGAAACUUGCAACACGCCGUGGCUGUUUCGUUGGAUGCGAAUUAUGUGUAUUGGUCCGACAUCGAGAACGGAGAUGAAGCGAUAUUCAGAAGUUUGGAGGAUGGCUCGGAGCGAGAAGUCAUUGUUACAACUGGUUUAAGCAGUCCUGACGACAUAGCAGUGGAUUGGGUAACAGGAAAUAUAUAUUUCACAGACAGUGGUUACAUGCACGUUGGAGUUUGUAACAACGAUGGUUCUUAUUGUACCAUUAUAAUCAAAGAACGAAACGAUAAGCCAAGAGGUCUUGCCUUGUUACCAUCCAGUGGCCUAAUGUACUGGACCGAAUGGGGCAUGAAUUCCUGCAUAUUAAUGGCGGGAAUGGAUGGAAAGAACAGCACCGUGUUAAUCGAGAAAGACUUAGAAUGGCCAAACAGUUUAUCCAUUGAUUACGCGAACAAUCGAUUAUACUGGAUAGAUAGCAAGUUAAAAGUGAUUGAAUCGAUACGACUGGAUGGUACAGAUCGCAGGAUUGUAUUAAAAGGAGUAGCAAAGAAGCCAUUUUCAUUAGCGGUGUUCGAGAAUAAAUUGUACUGGAGCGAUUGGAUAUCCAAUACCAUACAAUCGUGCGAUAAAUUCACCGGGAAAAAUUGGGAAAUUCUAGUGAAUGCGAAUAGCACCAUUUACGGCAUACACAUCUAUCAUUCCAUUUUGAAACCGAAGUUGCCGAAUCCGUGCAAUUCGAACCCCUGCGACCAGCUUUGCCUAUUGAACUCGGAGAACAGCUAUACUUGUGCUUGCACGGUGGAUAAAGAAUUGAAUUCUGAUCAGCGCACGUGUCGUGCCAUGAAGAAGAAGGCGCAUUUGGUAAUCGCUGCGGGAAACACGUUCAUCGAUUACUAUCACGAGCUACUGGGAAAACCGAAAAUAACGUCCAGUGCCACGCUGAAACACGUCACCGCGGUUACUUAUGAUCCUUUUACCGGUGGUCUGCUGGCCAGCGAUCAGCUGACGGACAUGAUUUUCCAUUUCGACACGCAGACCGGGGAAGUGAAGACUAUGAUGCCCAUCGAGGAUAAACUAUUGGGCGGAAUGGACUUCGAUUACAUCGGGAACAAUCUCUAUUUGCUGGAUGUGAAGCACAAAACUAUCGAAGUUCAUAGUCUGAACACCAGCGAGAAGACGACCUUCUAUUUCCAAGAUGAGCCACACGGUAUCGCGCUCAUACCGGAAGAAAGCAUGAUGAUGGUCGUCUUCAAUGUAGAUGGAAAAUACCAAAUAGAUAUGAUGAAAAUGAACGGACUCGGUCAAAGAAUCACGAUCAAAAGCCAGUUAUACGGACCGAAGGUAUCCCUGUGCUAUGAUAGAGACCUGAAACGAUUAUUUUGGAGCGAUCAAGGCACCGGUCGUAUCGGAAGCACCACCGUUCCCGGAUUCGAGACGAACCUCUUCCGCACUGGAUUAUCGGAACCCGUGAGUCUCGCUGUUCUCGGUGACCAUGUGUUUUGGACUCAGUACAAAUCGAAUCAGCUAUACUGGACAAGCAAAAGCAGCACGCAGCAAUAUCAGAAGCGUAUCACGCUACGUACGCCUACAGAGUUGGAUAGAAUGCAGUUGAUAGGUUUGCACGGAACGUAUGUAAAUGAACACCAGUGUCGCAAAAACAAUGGGAACUGUUCCCACGUGUGCCUGUUAUCUAAUCCUCAUUCAUAUAUUUGCGCGUGUCCGCCUGAUAUGAUGCUAAACGGAGAUAAUCGAACGUGCAGCCCUCAAACCGCGUGCAAACCUGGCGAGGUAAAGUGCGGGGAACACGAUAUAUGCAUAAAAUCAUAUCAGAGAUGCGACGGCGUGCGAGACUGUCCAAACAGGGAGGACGAAUCAAGCGUAUGCGAGGAAAUGCACUGGUCGAAGUGCAAGCACGAGGACGAGUUCCAGUGUAAAAGCGGGGAAUGCAUAAACAACACGAAACGAUGCAAUUCCUACUACGAUUGUGCGGAUCAAUCGGAUGAGGAGGGCUGCGAUAAAAAGGAAUGCAACUCUAAUGAGUUUCAAUGUCACGAGGGGGCUUGCAUAUCGAAGUAUCUCGUGUGCAACGGGCUAAACGACUGUUCCGAUGCUACCGACGAAAUCAAUUGCAGCAAGCACACGUGCGACACCGAUAGCUUCGCGUGCGAAUCAGGCGCUUGUAUACUAAAAACGUGGAAAUGCGACGGCGAGGUUGAUUGCCCAGACGGUUCAGACGAGAGCGACGAGUGUCAAAGAGUCGGAUGUCCGUCUGAAAUGUACACUUGUUCGAAUGGUCGUUGCAUCGAUUCGAUGUUAAAGUGCAACGGGAUCGACGAGUGCGAGGAUAACAGCGAUGAAAAGUACUGCAGCGAUUUCGGUAACAAAAAUCCCGUGAAUUGCACCGUGGACGAAUAUAAAUGCUUCCAUACGGAAAUGUGUCUUCCUAAACGAGUCAGAUGUAAUGGCGUUCAAGAUUGUCCAAAGUACGAUGACGAGCGUAAUUGCGUUCGAUGUCUCCCGGAAGAGUACGUUUGCGACAAUCAGAAGUGCAUCGACAAAAGCUGGGUGUGCGACACAGUGAACGAUUGUGGCGAUGGAUCGGAUGAAAGAGAUUGUGACGGCGGUAAUUCGAGGACGAACGACGUCAGCGUGAUUUCUAAUUGCAAAGAAUUCAAAUGCUCGAACGGGGUGUGCCUCCCCUUUGACAAGGUGUGCGACGGGAAAGCGGACUGUUUGGAUCGAAGCGACGAAUUUGGAGAGUGUGCAAUCGCGUGUACAAAGAACAAUCCGUGCAGUAAUAUGUGCCAUAGGACACCCGUUGGUCCUGUUUGCAGUUGUAGAAGCGGAUAUAAGUUGAGCAGCGACUUGAAGUCUUGCGAAGAUAUCGACGAGUGCAAAGAAAACAGCUGUUCACAAAUCUGUCACAAUACCAAAGGAUCUUUCACUUGUUCGUGUAACGAGGGAUACAUUAUACGAGGCGAUAGAACUUCUUGCAAAGUGGCUGGACCACAAAUGGAAAUAAUUGCUGUCGCUCGUAAUGAUAUUAGGAAGUUAUCGCCAAACUUAAACUCGAUCGAAGUUAUUUACGAAGAAAUGAAUUCGGAAAUAAGUGGCAUAGACUUCGACGCGAGAGGAGAGACCAUUUACUGGAGUAAUGAUGUCUUAGGUAUGGUAAGCAAAAUACACAUAAAGAGCAAGGAACGAAAGACAGUUACCGGCCUUGGUAGACCGGAAGCUCUUGCCGUUGAUUGGAUUACCGACAACGUAUAUUUUAAUGAUAAUGACCAUUUCAGCACCAUUAAGGUAUGCAAUCUAGAACAACGGAAGUGUGCUAAAGUGGUUUCAAUCGGAUCGAAAAACAGAGCUACGGCCAUUGCUGUUGAUCCGAGACAGGGGUGGUUAUUUUGGAGUCAAACUACGUGGACCUUUUACGAUAAACCAACAACGGAAAUAUAUCGAUGCCACACAACCGGUACCAAUGCGACCGCAAUCUUAUAUCGAGAUAUUGGCGCUGUCUUCGCAAUGACCGUUGAUUACGCGAGAUCCAAACUAUACUGGUCAGACACCUUUCUCAAAUCUAUCGAAUCUUCGAAUUUAGACGGUUCUAAUCGUAAAUUAGUUUUAAACACGGAUAAUUAUCAAGCUCUGAGUAUUAGCGUAUACGAGGACUCUUUAUACUGGUUAAUGGCACCAACUGGCACGGUAAAAAAGUGUAAAUUAUAUGGUGACAAAUCGUGUACAACGAUUCCCAUUGGUAAUUCAAAUGUCGACAAGUAUUUUACCAUUUUACACACCAUCAGGCAACCUAUUGUGAAGAAUUCUUGCGAGAAGUAUACGUGCAGUUAUAUGUGCGUUCACGGAAAAGAUGGUCCCGCUUGUAUUUGUCAUAAUGGAUAUACAAAAGAUUCCAAUACUUGUAUGCAAGACACGAAUAACAAGAUUCAGUUCGAUUCCAGUAUAGCUAGUCGCAGGAACAAGGAUGUUCGUCAACAAAACGGAACAUUAUUUGGUAUAAUAACAAUGAUACUAAUUGGAUUGGCGUGCAUCGUACUUGGAUUGACGUAUUUUUAUUUUCGAAACAUCAAACCGAAUUGUUUAAAGAAGAAUAGCCUCAGUAUUCAUUUUCACAAUCCAUUGUCCGAACAUAAUGAAGAUACAUUCCUGCGGAAUUGCAUUUCCGGUUUACCAACUGGGGAACAUGAGUAUGUGAAUCCACUAACGGAUAUACAAAAGAACAGGAACCUAAAUAUAAUGGAGAAGAAUGAAAAUCUUAAUCUGGAUCGACCAGAUAACAAAUCUGAAGGUUCUACGUAUAAACAGAAUGUUCCUUUAAUACAGUGA